CGUUGUUGGAAUAAUAUACGUCAUAUUACUUAAUGUAUGCUCCUAUGAAUGUAAUAAUGCUGUAGGAACCCAAUCAAAUAAUUUGUAUAAUAGAAAUUUAGCAGAAGCUGAAAGUGCACCAGAAGAUGUUAUGGAAUCUACUAAGAGUAGUUCUAAUUUAUAUAACUCACCACAUGAACAUGCUGAAAGUAUAAUACAAAAAGCACUUAAUGAAGGUGAUAGUGUAUUUGAUGGUUAUAAGAACUUAUUUUCUAAUUUGAAGGAAGAAGAACCAUACAAAAGAUAUAACUUAAACGGUUUAGGUGAAAAGAAUCCCUUAUUUACUAACGGUGUCGAUGAGAACUUAAAUAAGAAAAUAAAAGGUUUAGUUCAGAAUGGAUAUAAGAAUAAACAAGAAAUGGAUGAGUUAUGGAAAGAAGUUAAUAAAAAUGAAAAGGAUAAAUAUGACAAUUUAGGUAAAGAUAUAUUUGGUCAUUACGUUAAAACAAAAGCUUUAUAUGAUACACCACCUAGAUUUGCAGAGGCUACAUGGAAAACUGUAAAUGAAAUUUAUAUGUUAACAGAAAAAAAUACCGAAUCUUAUUUGAAAGUUAUAUUUUAUGAUUGGUUUAAUGGUAAAAAAACCACAGCAGAUGAGUUUUACCUUCUUUUAUGUGCUACUAAAUUAGUAUGGAGAACAGUUAUGGAUAAUAUAAAUCAUUCAUGUAUGGGAAUGUUGACCAAAUGUUUUGAAUUAAAAAAAACAACAGGAAAAGAAUUAAGUUGCACAAUGAUUUUAAAUAAAUACAAAGAUGCAUUCUCUGGUACCACUAGAAGUCGUCAUUCUUUUGUUACAAAUGUGGAAAAUCAAGAAGUGAAAAAUUAUGUACCAACAAAACAUAAUUACGAAAAUUGCCUUAAAACAGCACCAUAUAUUGAUGACGCCCAAAUGCCAGGUUACUUCCUUAAAAGUGAAUAUGAUGAACAACCAGUACAUGAACACCUUGAAAAUGCUGUGACGAAUAAACCACAUCCAAAAAUGCAUUAUAAAGAAGAAAAUAAGGAAGUAAAAGAAAAUACCGAACAAGAAAACACUGAAGUAGAAAACACAGAAGAAGAAAAUACCGAACAAGAAAACACAGAAGUAGAAAACACAGAAGAAGAAAAUACCGAACAAGAAAACACUGAAGUAGAAAAUACAGAGGAAGAAAAUACCGAACAAGAAAACACAGAAGUAGAAAACACAGAAGAAGAAAACACAGAAGAAGAAAACACAGAAGAAGAAAACACAGAAGAAGAAAAUACAGAAGAAGAAAAUACAGAAGAAGAAAACACAGAAGAAGAAAAUACAGAAGAAGAAGACACAGAAGAAGAAGAAAAUAAAGAAGAAGAAAACACAGACGAAGAAGAAAAUAAAGAAGAAGAAGAAGAAAAUAAAGAAGAAGAAGAAGAAAAUACAGAAGAUGAAGAUGAAGAUGACUUAGAAUAG